AGAGGCCGGGGAUCGAACCGGCGACCUUCCGGUUACAGGUCAUCCCAAUCUUUGCUACUUGUGUGGCUUGUGGGAAGAGAAAUGGGAAUCCGGAAUGGACUUUUGUCUGAUCAGAUGUUGACAUGUUCUCGUUGGGGUACACCAAGUAGCCAGGGUCUGUUUCAAGAUGGAGAUGUAAUUAUUGGUGGACUUUUUCCUCUUCACUAUCAGCCUCCAGCUAUAGACCAUGACUUCACUCAGCUGCCACGCUACAAUCCAUGUACUGGUUUAGAAUAUGUUCCUCUGCAGUACAUAUAUGCUAUGGUGUUUGCACUGGAGGAAAUCAAUCAUAGUACAAUGCUCCUACCAGGAAUCAAGCUGGGCUAUCAUAUUUUUGACAGCUGUGGGCGCCCACCAUGGGCUCUCCAGUCAGCACUGUCACUCGUUGGUGGAGACAACACCAGCUGCAACUCUACAAACCCUCCAGAUUAUUCUAGUGGUCAAUCUGUCCCCAUGAUUAUUGGUGGUGCUUCAUCCAUAACAAGCCAAAUACUCUCCACAGUGCUGGGGCCACUCUCCAUACCUUUCAUCAGCUAUCUAUCCACCUGUCCUUGUCUGAGUGACAGGCUCCAGUAUCCAAAUUUCUUCAGAACAAUCCCCAGUGAUAUAUACCAAGCACGUGCUGUUGCCCAGCUUGUUAUACGCUUCAACUGGACUUGGGUUGGAGCAGUUGUAGCAAACAAUAACUAUGGCUACAUGGCAGUAAAGGUAUUUCAGGAGGAGAUUCAGGAAGCAGGUGUCUGUCUGGCAUUUGUAGAGACUCUCCAAAGGGAAAAUAUCAUUAGUGAUGCCAGACGAGCAGCCCUCACAAUUCAAGCCUCUACUGCAAGGGUGAUUUUGAUCUUCACCUGGUAUACAGAUGUGAGGGAACUGUUCCUGCAACUUGCGAAACUGAAUGUGACUGAUAGACAGUUUUUGGCCAGUGAGGCUUGGAGCACUAGUGGGGAUCUGGUCCAAAAUUCAAUUACAAGCAAAGUGGCAAAAGGUGUUCUUGGUGUUGCCACUAGAAGUUCAGCUAUACCUGGAUUUGAAAGUUAUCUCAGACAUUUACACCCAAUUCACCAUCCAGAUGAUGAGUUCUUAAGAGAAUUCUGGGAAAUGGAGUUUGGGUCUUCACUAUCACUUUGCAAUGGGUCAGAGUCUCUGAAAAAAGUGCAGAAUCUCUUUACAGAUGCAUCCCAGCUAAGGGUGACAUAUAAUGUCUACCUUGCUGUUUAUGCUGCAGCCCAUGCCCUCCACGGCCUUCUCUGCCCCAUUAAAGACAGCCCUUCUGAAAACAACAUCUCCACCUGCUCCUCUCCAAAACAAAUCAAGGCCACUGAGCUUUUGCAGCACUUGCAAGAAGUGAACUUCACCACACCACAAAAUGAAACAUUUUACUUUCAAGGAGCCGAUAUUCCAGCAAAGUAUGACCUUGUUAACUGGCAGAAAACACCUGAUGGGACUCUAAAAAUUGCUUUGAUUGGUCAUGUGGAUGGGUUUGCUCUCCAUCUUAAUGAAUCAGCUAUUCAGUGGAUCACAGGAUCCAGUCGGGUGCCUAUUUCGGUGUGCAGUGAGAUCUGCCCCCCAGGGACCAGAAAGGUCAGCAGGAAAGGAGAACCUCUCUGCUGUUUUGACUGUAUUCCAUGUGCUGCAGGAGAGAUAAGCAAUAAAACUGGUUCCCUUGACUGUGAGCGUUGUCCCCUAGAGCUCUGGUCUAAUGCUAAACGUACUGCCUGCAUCCCUCGCCAACUUGACUUUCUUGCCUUUAAUGAGACUUUGGGAAUUACUCUUACUACAGCAGCUGUGACCGGUGUCACUGUGACAACAGUUGUCUUUGUGGUUUUCCUUCAUUACCGUCACACACCUGUGGUGAGGGCUAACAAUUCAGAGCUGAGUUUCCUGCUUCUUGUGUCAAUCAAGCUCUGCUUCCUGUGCUCGCUCGUGUUCAUUGGUCGUCCAUCAGUCUGGUCUUGUCAGUUCCAGCAGGCAGCUUUUGGGAUCAGCUUUGUGCUUUGUGUUUCCUGCCUCAAAGUCAAGACCAUUGUGGUUCUGGCAGCAUUUCGCUCAGCUCGGCCUGGUGCUGAAGCCUUGAUUAGAUGGUUUGGUCCAGGCCAACAGAGAGGAAGUGUCUGCCUUCUUACAUGCAUACAGAUUAUCAUCUGUACCAUAUGGCUGUCCCUCAUUCCCCCUGUGCCUCGACAAGAUCUGGGUUUUCAAGGGUCAAAGGUCACUCUAGAGUGUGCCAUGGUUUCUGUGGUGGGAUUUUGUCUGAUUUUGGGCUACAUUGGCCUGCUGGCCUGCACCAGUCUCAUAUUAGCCUUUUUUGCUAGGAAACUUCCUGAUAAUUUCAAUGAGGCCAAACUUAUCACUUUCAGUAUGCUGAUUUUCUGUGCUGUUUGGGUGGCUUUUGUGCCUGCUUACCUUAGCUCUCCUGGUAAAUACACUGUUGCUGUGGAAGUUUUUGCCAUCCUGGCUUCUAGCUAUGGUUUACUUUUCUGUAUUUUUGCUCCGAAGUGUUUCAUCAUUCUUUUGAGGCCUGAGAGAAACACCAAGAAAUAUAUGAUGGCCAGGUAGCAAAAGUAAAUUAACAAAAUAUGACAAAUAUUCAUUAUCUCUCUGUUUAUCUAUAUCAUCACUUAAUCUUUAUGUAUUUAUCUUUGUUUGUUGUUAAAUUAAUAGAAAAACCUUGAUUCACUUUAUCCAGAAUUAAGAAUGAUCGUGCAACGUUUUAAUAUAUUAUUGCAAAUGUGUAUACCGUACGACUGUAGUUUCAUAGAAAAACCUUAGACGAAAACAAAACACCACCCAUAUUAACUUAUCAUGUCAAUGUGAAAACGGUUUACAGUUUUAAUAUAAUAUUGCUGUAUCUGACAUUAAUUAAUAAAUGCAUUUUAAAAU